AGUGAAAGCUUGACUCGGCAUUGACGCGCGCUGAUUAAAAAAACGGGAUUUAAAUCCUUUUUUUAAAAGACUUUACUUUUAUUAAUCGUUUUUGAACAACACUAUGGAAGAUGAGCGCGUGAGAGAGUCACUGAAUGAAGAAAUGAGGAUCUGCACUCCUUCUCACCCCCUGCCUCUGGAAAUCCAGCAGAUGGAGCAGGAGGAGACGACCUGUCGUUACUGUGGCGUCAGCUACCUGAUCCUGCACGAGUUCCAGCGGCUGCAGGAGCGCCUCAGGGAGGUGGAGAGAGAGCUGGAGAGAGAGCGAGGGAGCAGAGAGCAGCUGCAGCACUCACAGGUUCAGCUGGAGGAGCUCAGAGCAGCCAAUCAGCUUUACAAGGACAGAGUGAAGGCUCUGACACUGCAGGUGUCUCAGGCGGACAGUAAGCUGGUGGACUUGAGGACGGAGAGAAAGAGGACGCGAGUGGAGCUGGAAAGCGAGCUUAAACGCAGUCUGCAACUCAGGUCAGUGUGUGAGCGACAGCGUGCUCUCCUGCAUGAGGCUGGGCCUGUGCUGCAAUGUGCUGCUGCAGAGCUGCGAGGUGUGAAACGGGAGCUCUCUCUGCUCUCACAGGACUGGAACACCAACACAGCACUGAUACUGCAGCACUGCUCUACUGCGUGGACUGAGCAUGUCGUUCUGCAGCAGGAAGUGAGGAGGGCUGAGGAGGAAGCAGUAAAGCUACAGCAGGAGGUCCGGGAGCUUCAGGAGCGUCUGCACGCGAGUCAGUUGGAGACGCAGACGCUGGAGAACCGCAUCCAGAACCAGGAGUUUCUCCAGAACCAGAACCAGCAGGAGCUGAAACAGGAAGUGAAGAGCCUGCAGGAAGAGCUGCACAAAAGUCACAGUGAGAGGGAGUGGGUGGAGAGACUGCUGGAAAGCAGAAGGAAAGAGGAAGAGGAAAGAUGUUCACGGCUGCAGCAGCAGUGUGAUGAGCAGAGCGCCACCAUACUGAGUCUGUCCCAAGACCUGAGGGAAAAGGAGGCGAGCUGGUUGUCAUGCCAACACCGAUGCGAGUCCCUGCAGCAGCAGCUGUUGACGUGGAAACGGAAGGAGGCGGAGACGAAGCAGGAACUGGAAGGAGCUCUGAGGGAGGGUCAGAAGAUAAGAGACGAGAGGGAGGCGCUGAAAUGCGCUCAGAAAGAAGAGAUGCAGAAGAUGGAGGACACGUUCAGGAAAAGACUGGAGCUCUUUGAGGAACAGAGGUCAAAGUGGAGGAGAGACGCUGCUCUAGAGCUCGACAUCGAGAGGCAGAAAAAUGAACAACUGAUUCACAAGUACCACACCAAGUACCAGCAGCUACAGGACAAGCUGCCCACUCUGGUGGAAUCUGCCAUACGGGAGCUGAAGGAGGAGGUGUCGGCUCUGGAGGUACGCCUGAGAGAGCGUGAGAAGGAGGUGAAGUGUGUGCGAGAGGAGGCCGCGGAGCGAGAGGAACGGCUCCUGCGAGAGCAGCAAGCGGAGGUGGAACAGCUUCAGCACAAACUACAGGAGCAUCAACAGGAGGCACUGGAGCUACAGCGAGCGCACAGAGACAUCCAGCAGCUCAGAAAGGAAAACUCCGCUCUACAUGACGAGAACUGUCUGCUGCAGGAGACGGUGAGACGCGAGUGUGAGGAGCGAGCCGAGCUGACGGCCGCCCUGUGCCUGGCGAGAGAGCAGCUGCCGCGUGUCAGACAGACAGCGGUGAACUCCUCCAUCGCCCACAGCUCCGCGUCGUCCUCCCUGCCCAGCCUGAGCGCAGGACACAGCCGCAGCGCCGUCACCGCUGGCAGGAGCACAGCGUCGUGGCACGGAAACUCCCGCCAGCCGCUGCCCGCUCUGCCCCGACUCGCCACAGAGAGACCCGCCCCACUCACCGGGACACACCAUCGCGUCGGCACGGUGACGGGCAGGAAGCACAAACGCUCAUGCUGAGGGAGAGGCUCUCACAGGUUCAAAAGUAAUUGGACAAUUGACUGAUAAGCAGUUUCACGGCCUGUUUCCUCAAAACUUCAAGACAGAUGAAGCAGAUAAAAGGUCUGGAGUUGAUAUCAGGUAUUUGGCAACUGUUCGACUGGAGCUACCAAUAUGAAGUCCAAGGAGAUCUCAGUGCAAGUGAAGGAGGCCAUCAUUAGGCUGAAAAAACAAAACAGACCUAUCAGAGAGAUAGCAGAAACUUUAGGAGUGGCCAAAUCAACAAUUUGGUAAAAGAAGGAAUACACUGUCAAGCUCAGCAACACCAACAGGCCUGGAAGACCACGGAAAACAACUAAAGUUCUUUCGUUUUUUUUUCUGCUAUGUUGCUCACUUUGAUGUCUAAGCUGUAUAUCGUUGUACUAAUAUUAAAGCUAGCAAACCAACUUGAGUGAACAAAGUGAUGGUAUAAACUAAGGCAGCUAACCUUACCUCAAUUUCAUAAUAAUUUAUUUACAGAAUAACUUUAGCGAACAGUUGAAGUAGUUUAUUAAGGUUAGUCACUCCUUUUUAAACAGAACUCCACCGACAGAAUGAGUUCAAUUCAAUUCAAUUCAGUUUUAUUUGUAUAGCGCUUUUAACAAUGAACAUUGUCUCAAAGCAGCUUUACAGAACAUAAGAAACAAAAAACAUGCAAAUAGAAACAAAAACAUGCAAACAGUCCUAGAUGUGAGACAGAAUUAUCCCUAGUGAGCAAGCCUGAGGCGACUGAGGCGACUGAGGCGACUGUGGCAAGGAAAAACUCCCUUAGAUGAUAUGAGGAAGAAACCUUGAGAGGAACCAGACUCAGAAGGGAACCCGUCCUCAUCUGGGUGACACCGGAGAGUGUGAUGUCCUUUCUGCAUUUACGUAUAGUCAUGUAGAAUUUUAUGUGUAUAUUAAUUUGGAGGUUGUUGUCUUCCUCAAAGUCUACACAGGGUUGGCAGCGUUGCUUUGAAUACCCAAGUGGAGCAUAAACGAGCACUUCUCCAUUCAGAGUAGGUGUAACUUACUGCAGGUGUCAGAGCUAGAUGAACAUCACGGAGAGCAGCGAUCAUUACACCUGUCAAAAUUAUACGACUGCAGUUUAGCCUUUUAAUAUUAAUUAAUAUUAAUUAAUAAGGCUGUACUUGCCACUUUGAGUUAGCACUUAAGUUGCACUUCAAGCAUCUUACAGCACGCGCACUCCUGGACCAAACAAGUAGAGUGUGCGUCACCUAUGUGGGCGGGGCUUGAGGCGGACCUACCGUCCGACUGGCGACAAUUUUCUCAAGAUGGUUACUCCCAUUUUGACCAAAAAAGCUGUCAAAACAACACAAUGAGAGUGAAUGGCGCCAUGUUGUCCACUCAUGUGUACAGUGUGAAAAUCCUGGUGCUAAAGUAUCAAAUAAAGUCAUCCUUUUAAUGACCUGCCGUAUUGUAAUAAAUGUCCCAUUUGUGUCAGAGAAAUGUUGUACGUCAAUUUUAUUUUUAAAAAAAUUAGACUGAUGCUGUAAAGGCUAUAAAGAUUAAAGUGGUUUUAUAGUUUUGUUGUUUACAGUGCAUGGUUUUGUGCGUGCGUGUGUGUGUGUGUGAGAGAAAGAGAGACGUGGA